GCGGGCGCCGACGGGGCGGGCGGUGGCGGCGGCGGCGGCGGGCGGGCGCCACGUCGGCAGCGGGGAACGGCGCAGGAGUGAAGUCUGCGGCGGAGCCGGGCCGCGCCGCGCCCGCUGCGCUCGGUAGGUGUAUGCAGAAUAUCUUUGGGGAAGCAGCUGACCAGACAUCUCCUUCACAAAGGAAUAUAUUUGCAGGGAGAGUGAACAGGAAUCUCCCUCAGGAUACACUACAGUCUGGUGGCAGAGGACUCCCUUGCAAGGUGGGACGUACGAGCUUGGAUCUUAUUAGACCAAGGAGGCAUUGAAUUGUAGGCAAUAAUGAAUCAAACGGACAAAAAUCAACAGGAAGUCCCAUCCUACCUUCAUGAUGAACCACCAGAAGGUGCGCUAAAGGACCACCCGCAGCAGCAGCCGGGCAUGCUUUCCCGUGUGACUGGUGGCAUCUUCAGUGUAACGAAGGGAGCUGUUGGUGCCACAAUUGGGGGUGUUGCUUGGAUUGGAGGGAAGAGCUUGGAAAUUACCAAAACAGCAGUCACGUCUGUGCCUUCGAUGGGAGUAGGGCUAGUCAAAGGGAGUGUUUCUGCUGUGGCUGGAGGUGUUACAGCUGUAGGAUCUGCUGUUGCAAGUAAAGUGCCUUUAACGGGAAAGAAAAAGGAUAAGUCUGACUAAAGCCAAAACUGAGAGACAUACUUGAUUCUCCAGGAUAUUACAUCGGCGGCGUUAAAAUCUGCUGAGAUUUGGACCAUGAGAAGCCAUGCGUCUUAGACACUCCAUCUUCUACAGAGCUGUGCAAGUAACUUAAUUUCAUCUGAAAAGGACAGAAGAAGCUUGGGUAGCGCAGUGUCUGAAGAUUUGUUAGAGCCUAGAUUCAAGCUUUGUAUCUGGUGAAAUGUUAACACUUGGUAACUAUAGAAGUGAGUACGUGUAUCUGAAGGGAUUAUACAUAUUUGAAUAUUCACUUACUGUAAGUCUUGCAGUUUUGGACUAAAAUGUGAACAUAGAAACUUAACUUGGCGAUGUCUGCCAUACCAUCUAUUUGAUGAGGUGCCGUUUACUGUCCUCAGUGGCAUCCACAUCUUCCUGCUAAGGAUCCUUGAGCUGUGUAAUGGCACUAUUGGAUGUGCCUAAGUAGUUACAAAACUGUGUUCGUAGGAAGCCUGAAAAUUAUCAGUCCAUUCUGCCAGAGCGAACUGGCAGCAAACAGAACUGGAGGUGUGCAGAAAUUGGAAAUGAGUGGGAGAUAGGAGGUGACAAAGUUUGUAACGUGGUAGAAGGGAUCGUAAAAACUAACUUAAUGCCUUAUUCAAAAAAAAUUUCUUUACUAGGUGAAGCUGUGUAAGCUGUGUCCUGUUGUUUCUGUACAGUUCACAGAACAAGCUUUAGAGACUUUAUGACUCCUAGUAUCUGAAACUUUUAGUCAGUUUUUACUGAAUACAAGAUUGCAAAAUCUCAGGUGUAUUUAAUGAUAUGCAUCUAUUUCCUGCAAGUGAACACUUGCUUCUGAUCAAUUUCUUAGAGACACUAGAAAAAAUGAGGGCUUCAUGGAAACUGGGCAGGUGUUUGUGGUCAUCUAGCACAACUGCAUAACUUGAAAGAAAUUACUUGGUGUUGCUGGGAACCACUGAAGAACUAGCAAAACUGUUUCAGCUCCGCGGUGUGCCAGGUUAGGUUCUUGCUCUGUUUAAACAAAUGCAAGAAUUUUUCACUACAUCUUUAUCUCACACUUUGCAUUUUGAUUUUGAGGAAAAUGCAAUACUUUUAUUUAAAAAUAAACCAAAAACAGGCAUAUGAGGCCUUAAAAAAAAAAAAAAACAACUUAUAUAUAUAUCGUCCAAGUAAACUGUAUACUGACAGAUUCCAAACUUUGACACACCUCAAACGAGAACAUCUAUAGGUCCUCUGCAGUAUGUGAGGCAAAAUGCACUCCUGAGACACAGCUUGAGGUUGCCUUAAAAUAGAAGCUGUUGGUGAUUUUUGUUUUUCCCCCACGUGCUGACUUUGCAAAUAAGUAACUUCUUUGGAAGCCCGUAAUAGAAGGCUGUGAACAUUGUGUAUGCAGUAUUUUCUUAAACUCGUGUUCCUACAAAAAACUUCUAAGCAUGUAAAAGCUUACCUUUUCAGUGGCUAUGGUUGUACAAGAAGGAUAUAUAGGGAGACUUUUUAGAAAUUAAAAAAUCAAAAUGUAUCACGUGUCUAAAACUCGCUCCUAUAUUUAUGGGUGUUGAAAGUAAACUGUAGAUUAUGGUACAGUAGUAACCUAGUCUCUCUGAGCCAUUGGUACUUCAGCUGCAGUCUGGAACAACUUUAUUUGGUAUCAGUGAUUGCUGUUUAUGUUGGUGGCAUGGUAUUACCACACAUAAUGAUUUGGGGCGGUGGGGAGAGCAAACCCAACAGGUAGACUUCUCCGCUCCUCGUUAGUUGCACCAGCUGCUUAGCUCCAAUCUGCUGGAAGCGUGUAGUGAGGUAAGUCUAUGCAAUAAAUGCAAUACUUAACUAUUUUUAUACUCAAAAGCUAGCAGUAUGGAACGUGGUUUGGUUUAAAGAUCCCAGUUAGCUACAGAAACGAGCAGGCUUGGCCACAAGAAGCAAUCUAGCUGCAACAAGUGAUUUAACGUGGUCGGCUCCCCCACAGUUUCUGAUGUAGACAUACCCCGGAGUGCUACCAGUGAACUCUGCGAGUCAGCUGUUCGGGACCACAGCGGGAUUUGUGACACUCUACCAAACCCUAAUCAUUUUCUGAGGACACAAAUGUUGAACUGGUCGUACCCCUUUUUUUUUAUGGCAUUCUUUAAACUUUUAUGCUAUGAAACUUGCUGCAAAAUGAGCAUGGUCUGAGAUGAGCAAUGUUAGAGCUGUAAAAAGCUGCCAGCACUUCAUUAUGUUUUGUUCUUAGCAUAUCCUGUAGUUAUUACUUCUGAAUCUUGUAAGUGAAAUGCUUUAACAUGGCAUAUGGUUUUAGUUUUGGAAAAGAGCUUUGUCCUAUAUUCUGCGUAUUUCCCAUUUGCUUAUGAAAGUCACUUCUUAAGAACUUGUUCUGAUUCUGUCCUGACACUUGUGAAACAUUAAAUUGUUGCUGUUUCAGAC